CGCACGCUCAGCUCAUCGCUGGCCAUGGCUGUCGCGUUCGCCCUCUUUCUCUCCCUUCUAUGCUCUCUGCAACUUGCAUACAGAACAUAUGCAGCUGCGCUGACAACCGCCAUCGGGGCGAACGAACGUCUAUGCUUCUAUGCCGAUGUGGACAAGGCCGGAGAGAAGAUCGGGUUUUAUUUUGCAGUGCAAUCCGGAGGGUCGUUCGACAUCGAUUUCGAAGUGAAGGAUCCUAAUGACAAAUCCCUCCUCGACGGCCAGCGUGAACGCCAGGGCGACUACGUCCUCACCGCCAACACCGUCGGAGAGUACUCGUUCUGCUUUGAGAACGAUAUGUCUACCCUCACCGAGAAGCUCAUCGACUUUGACAUCAUGGUCGAGAGCGAGCCCCGCCGCGAGCCCCCAGCGAAGCCCGGUCAGCUCGCGGACCAGACGAGCGCGCUGGAGGAGAGCAUGUACAGGUUAAACACGAUGCUGCUGAGCAUCAAGAGGACGCAAAAAUACUUCCAUACUCGCGAGAACCGAGGGUUCGACACGGUCAAGUCUACACAGAAUCGCAUGUUCUGGAACGCCGUAUUCGAGAGUCUGGCUGUGAUUGGGAUGGCAGUUUUCCAGGUUUACGUGCUGCAGACGUUCUUCACGAAGACUGGGAGACGAUACAAGGUGUAACUUAUUAUGACGCUUCACGUACACAUACUCUAUCAUAUACAUAUUGGAACCU